CCAAACUUUCAACAUCUCAAGUCUUCUUUAAUAGACCAAUAAAUCUCCCACCGUUCAAAUCCAUCUCAGAUCCCAUAUAGCCAAAUCCCAACCAUUCAACCCCUUCUUCUAUUUUCACGCACAAUCCAUUCACACAUCCAUUGUCUCUACAGUUUUUCUUCCUAUAAAUAGCAUCAAACAAUAACCGAAAACAAAGAUCCAUAGAAAAACAAAAUGGCCACAGCAAUCAAAUAUUUUCAGUUGAACACUGGUGCUAAAAUCCCUUCUGUUGGAUUAGGUACUUGGCAAGCUGAACCUGGCGUUGUAGCCACAGCUAUCACCACCGCCAUUCAGGUUGGAUACAGACAUAUUGAUUGUGCUGAAGCUUACAAGAAUCAAGCAGAGAUUGGUUCAGCUCUGAAAAAGCUAUUUGAGGAUGGUGUUGUUAAGCGCGAGGAGUUAUGGAUCACCUCAAAACUCUGGUGUUCAGAUCAUCAUCCAGAAGAUGUGCCAAAAGCAUUGGAUAAAACUUUACGUGAUUUGCAACUUGACUACAUUGACCUCUAUCUGAUCCACUGGCCAGUGAGCAUGAAAAGGGGAACAGGUGAAUUUAAGGCUGAAAAUCUUGAUCAUCCAAACAUACCUAACACAUGGAAAGCACUGGAGGCUCUAUAUGAUUCUGGAAAGGCUAAAGCUAUAGGAGUCAGCAAUUUCUCUUCAAAAAAACUUCAAGACCUAUUGGACAUAGCAAGAGUACCUCCUGCUGUUAAUCAAGUCGAAUUGCACCCUGGAUGGCAGCAAGCAAAGUUGCAUGCAUUCUGUGCAUCCAAAGGAAUUCAUCUAUCUGGAUAUUCUCCUCUGGGCUCACCAGGAGUACUCAAAAGUGACAUUCUGAAGAAUCCAAUUGUCAAAGAGAUUGCGGAGAAAUUAGGAAAGACAACAGGACAAGUCGCCCUUCGAUGGGGUAUACAAGCAGGACACAGUGUGCUACCUAAGAGCACUAAUGAUGCUAGAAUCAAGGAAAAUUUUGACGUGUUCGAUUGGUCUAUUCCUGAAGACUUGUUACCAAAGUUCUCUGAAAUUAAGCAGGAUAGGCUAAUUAAGGGUACCUUUUUUGUUAAUGAAACUUAUGGUGCCUAUAAGACCGUUGAAGAACUCUGGGACGGUGAAGUAUGAACAAUAUGCAACAUUGAGAUGACGAAUAAUACACUGCUUCCACGAUAAAGGAAGAAACUUCAGUUAUUCACUGCUUUCAUGAUCAAGAUUAAAUCCAGAUGCUGUUAUUAUUCAUCUAAUUUUAUUUCCAUGUAAUGUUAUAUCUAUCUAUGAGUUGUGUAUUUAUGUUUAAUUUGUGCUAUUACUUCAAAUGUUAUUGAUGAUAAUUUUAGAAUCAAGGACUCAUUUUUCAAA